AGCGAACAAACGGAGGUUAACCCUAACCCUAACCCUAAUUAUUAUGACAAUAAUAAGAAAAGAUCAACUUUAUUUAACUCGAACAAAUAUAUUUACCGGAGCUGGAGUCAAUAACUGAGUGCUUUAUCCGACCAAUCACAGAGAGGCAUUUCCUCUGACGUCACAUCCGCUGUCUUCCACCAAGCGUCAGCUGAUCAGAGAGAAGUUGGGAGAGCUACAGGCAGAUUAUGAUGGUUUGUGUUGCAGUGUGUGUGUGUCUGUUGUCUCUCUCUGUUCUCGUCCUCAGCGGACCGACUGACAGCAGGUCACAUGACGUCCACCGACGCUCCAGUAAACUGCAUCAGAGACUGGAUCCUGAAGUACACAUGAACAUCACGGAGAUCGUCCGGCGGUGGGGUUACCCUGCAGAGGAACACGAGGUUCUGACGGAGGACGAGUACAUCCUGACUGUCAACAGGAUCCCUCAGGGACUCAAACACACCACAGGUCUUAGGCCGGCAGUCCUCCUCCAACAUGGCCUCCUGGCCGCAGGCAGCAACUGGAUCACCAACCCCCCCAACUCCAGUCUGGGCUACGUGCUUGCCAACGCUGGGUACGAUGUGUGGAUGGGAAAUAGUCGAGGAAACACCUGGUCCAGGAAGCACCAGACCCUCAAACCAGAGCAGGAAGACUUCUGGAGGUUCAGCUAUGACGAGCUGGCUCUAAAGGAUCUUCCAGCUGUUGUAAACCACAUCCUGAAGGUGACGGGUCAGGACCAGAUCUACUACAUCGGACACUCUCAGGGAACAACCAUUGCAUUCAUAGCGUUCUCCACACUGCCAGAACUCGCCAGUAAGAUCAAGUUGUUUGUUGGUUUGGCGCCCGUAGCGACCGUAGCGUUCACUGCCAGUCCCAUGACCAAGCUGUCCGUCCUGCCCGAGUUCCUCAUCUGGGACCUGUUUGGUAGGCGGGACUUCCUGCCUCAGAGUCACAUGAUCGAGUGGUUUGCGGAACACGUGUGUGGGAAGCAGCUGCUCAGUGAGCUGUGUGGGAACCUGUUCUUCAUCCUCUGCGGCUUUGACGAGAAAAACCUCAACAUGACUCGGACUCCAGUCUACACCACACACUGUCCUGCUGGGACCUCAGUCCAGAACAUGGUCCACUGGGCCCAGGCGGUUCAUGGAGGGAAGCUGAUGGCGUUUGACUUUGGAGCUGCAGGAAACAUGAACCACUACAACCAGUCCACCCCUCCUCUGUACCAGGUCCAGAACAUGAAGGUUCCCACCGCUCUGUUCUCAGGGGGAAAGGAUACGCUGGCAGACCCCAAAGAUGUUGCUGUCCUACUCACUCAGGUGUCUAACCUGGUCUACCAUCAGCACAUUGAACACUGGGAACAUUUGGAUUUCAUUUGGGGUCUGGACGCUCCAGAACUGAUGUUUCCGUCCAUCCUGAAACUGCUGCAGCAACAUUAGUGUGUGUGUGUGUGUGUGUGUGUGUGAGUUAUGAUGUACCUGUACUGAUACUCAACAGGUGGACCAGCGUUUUUUUAAUGAGCAAAGUUAACAACUAAAUUUGUCCGUCUGUUGUCCCUGUUAGCAUGUUAGCAUUGUCAGUGUUAGCAUAUUAGCGUGUAUUUGCAUCACUCUCAUGCUGUUUACAGUCGGUGUGUGUGUGAGGUUGUUGACUCAUAAACAAACAUACAUUUUAAACUUUAAUCAUUUUAAAUAACUGUGAUUCUGUGAUUUUAUUUUGUGAACCUGCGAACUGCCUCAGCUACACAAACUCAUAUUUGUGGAACUCUUAUUGUGAAAAUCUGUAGCUGGGUCCAAUCAUGUGCCUUGAAUUGUGGUGGGCGGGGCUAAUCAUUUAAAAUGAUCUACAUCAUAUUUUAAUCUGUUUGUAUUUCUGAUGAAUAUGAACCAGUUUUAAUUAAACAAUGAAUCUAAUUAUCAUAAACAAAAUAA